CACACACUCACACUCACGCACACACGUACAUGAACAUUUACGUUGGAUGGGAUUGAAGCGGGCGGGAAGACAACGGACUAGGGGUUAUUUCGGUCGUUGUUGCCUGCCAAACUCAGUCUCAUUCAGGUUGUAGAAGAAGUUGGACCAUCCAAAAACUUCAUCGUUAUUCUAAGAUCCUGAACAGAGCCCGCGUUUAAGUGUAAGAAAACAAGCAGAGAUUCUGUUUCGAGCAAAAGCAAGACUUUUGGCGAAUCGGAUCUGGCUUCAAAAAAAAAACCAAACGAAUGAAAAUUAUCCCGAACAUCAUUACUUGGUUGAAUGUGCAUCAACUUGGAACAAAUAUGAGUGCCAAUAUCACACCACCACCCAAUAGCAGUUUGGGCGUGUCCAGUACGUUGGAUGCAUUUCAUUCAGUGACCUCCACAACAGCCCCUCCGGACACCUUGGUGAAAAUAUGUCUUUUGUGGACAGUGUUGCAUCGGACAGUGUCGUUACCACCCGCAUGCAAAGGAGUGAUUUCCGAGGACAAAAUCAGUGAAUUAAGAACCAAAGGCGACUUUGGGAACAUGCUUAGUAAUAUCAAUUAUGACGAGAAGGCUUCCCGGAAGCUGUUCGAGACCAAGCAAAAAGCCGACCGAGAGCAGUCCAUCCGAUAUCACUACCAAUAUUCCUCCAGAAGUUUGUCAGUCAUUGGGUACGGUGUCUUGGGUGGGAUCGUUUUAAUCUUAAUGCUAGUUGCAAUGUCGACCUGUAUCAAGAACCGGAGACAACUCCUUGUGGACAAUGACUCCCCGGGUCACGAGAGGUUUGCCCGCCAAAUAUUGAUCGAUCACAUCCGCCACUUGAGCUCAUCUCGAAGGACCCCUUCGGCAUCUGCUCAGAAUGACACACCUCCUGCCUACGAAGACGUGGUGAAACCGAGUUCAAGUUCCAGCAAUGCAAGUGGUAGCGAACCAUCCCCACCUUAUCGACUGACUGAGAACGGGAAUGGGGACGAGGACGAUGAUGAUGAUGAUAAUAGUCAGCCGCCUUCGUAUAUCGAGGCUUUGGAACAAAACGUGUCUCAGAAUCCGGGAGGAACGAGUGGAGACCACGUGGUUCAAAUCGAAUUAGGUCAGAGUGACGGUGCAUCAUCGUUGCAACGACACGCUCAAACUGUAUGAAAUGUACCGGUGAAUGUGUUUAUACGAGAGUAAAGAGAAUAAAGAACCAAGAAUGGCUUUAACUUGGUGCAUUAGAAACUGUC